AUGAAGUGGCUUGGGAUCCUCAGGCUGCUGGCCUUCUCAGAGUGCCUGGUUAUAAUCCCUCCAAUGAUGAUCAAGACCAUGAGAGAAACCCUCAGGGGAAAAAAAGCACUGACAAAUUUCCUGGAGGAGAAGAGUGAUAACACGUGCCAGAAUGCCGCUGAUGACAGGAAUAUUACUCUUCAAUCCCUGAGGAACCAUAACGAUGUGUGCUAUGUAGGUAACAUCACCAUUGGAACGCCCCCUCAGGAGUUCAGGGUCAUCUUUGACACCGGCUCAUCUAACUUUUGGGUGACCUCCAUCUACUGCUCCAGUCCCUCCUGCCGUACACACAAUUUCUUCGACCCUCACUUGUCCACCACCUUCCAGUUCUCAGGCCGGCCCAUCGACAUCAAUUAUGGCUUCGGAAGGAUGGUUGGAUUUCUUGGCUACGACACCGUUCGGAUCGGGAAACUCGUCAUCCUGUGCCAGGAAUUUGCCCUGAGCCAGAAAGAGCAUCAGUUGGAUUAUACACAAUUUGAUGGUGUUCUGGGCCUGGGCUACCCCAGCCUUGCCUUCAAAGGGAUCACCCCUGUCUUCGACAACCUGAAGACACAAGGCAUCAUUUCUCAGCCGGUCUUUGCCUUUUACUUGAGCACAGGGACAGAGAAUGGCAGCAUGGUGAUGUUUGGUGGGGUGGACCACAGCUACCACAAAGGAGAGCUCAAGUGGAUACCAGUGUCCCAAACCCACUUCUGGCAGAUAACCAUGACCAGCAUCACCAUGGUUCGGGUGCAUCUUGGUUGUUACCACGGCUGCCACGCCGUUAUGGAUACUGGGACUUCACUUCUCCUUGGCCCAACUAGAGUGAUCACUACCAUCCAGAAGCUGAUAAAUGCCAAGCCUUUUGGGAAACAGUACAUUGUUCCAUGUAGCAGCAUCAAGCAUCUGCCUAGUAUCAUCUUCACCAUCAAUGGCAAUGACUACCCAGUGCCUGCUUCAGUCUACAUCUUGAAGGAUCCUCAGGGCAGAUGUGUCAGCUUGUUGGAAGGGAUCUCAGUGAAUUUGAACAAUUCAGAGACAUGGAUCCUUGGCGAAGUCUUCCUGAGGCAGUAUUUCUCGGUUUAUGAUCGGGGAAACAACAGGAUUGGCCUGGCUCCCGCAGUGUAA